CUCACCAAUACUCGUAUUCUCUUUCAAAGCACUAACUAAUUCAAGAACAAUAUUUUCACCUCUACCACAUUUUUCUUGCAACACAAGGAAAUUAUUUAAGGGAGUCGAUCAUCCGAGAUGAUGGUGAACGGAAUGAGAUGCGUGAAAAGUGUUGAGAAGGUACCAGCGCUUCUAGUCUCUCACAAGAAACCUUCAAGUUGUCCGAGGUUGGAAACCAUUGUGGAAGAGGGAUGUGAGAGAUUUGAAGUUGGGCGUAAGAGGGUGCUGUUUGUUCUUCCUGUAUUUCUUUCUGUUGUUUCUUACAUUGUACUGUGCAGAAGAAUUAUUAAUGUCAAAUGUUAAUUGGUUUUUCUCUAAUUAUCUUUUAAUUGCUGGCUUGGCUUCAUACAUGAUGUGAAUGUCUCUUUCAUGAGGAUGAUCAAAAUAACAAAUGCAAUGCCUUGUGAAAAGCCUUUAUUUCUCUCCUGUUUUUGGGUAGUUAUAAUGUUUUUUUAAAGGAUAUAAUUUGGGUGUUUAAUAAUUAUUUAACUUUUAC